AUAUAUCAUCAACAUCGCCCAUUUGUAAUAAUCCAACAAAAGUAGCAUUUUUCGUUUAACUUUUAAUAAAUUGUAUUAAAUUCAACACGCCAUGGUUAUAGGCGCCUUUCCAGCAGCCAAAUUGGGUGUCUUGGCUAUAAAACAAAUAAGUAAACCCAUAGCAAAUAUAAUUAAAUCUAAAGCCAAAGAACAUCCAUUAUUUCGUAACUAUGUUUGCAUGCCACCGGCUCAACUGUACAAUUGGGUUGAGGUUAAAACGAAAAUGUGGGCCUUAAAUUUGGGUAAACCCGUUAAUGUACCACCACUAACAGAAGCUAUGGCUGUGGAGCUGGGUGCCAAUCUGUUGGGUGAAUUUAUCAUUUUUGCCAUUGGUGCUGGUCUGUUGAUAUUUGAAUAUGCCAGACAAGUAAGCAAUGAGGCUAAAAAGCAAGAAAAUGCUAAACUAGAAAAAGAUGAACUAACUAAUCGUUUGGCUGAAAUGACAUUCCGUUUGGAGCGUCAAGAUGCCCAAUUAAGAGAGAUGACCAGAGUUUUAGCAGAUAUUGAAUCACGUUCAAUUUUCAGUUGGACCAAAGAUAGAAUACAAGAAUAUCAGCCAUUCAAUCCAGACACACCAAAUCAAACACCAGCAUCUCAUUAUAAAAAAUCACCCUAUAAUCCCGAAGGUGGUCUUGUCAUGAGAGCAUUAUAUUUCCUUGAAACCCAAGUGUUCACAAAUUUCAAAGCACAAACGGUGGCUGUUUUACCAUUAGAAAAACAACAAGAUUUAACACAACUCACAGAAGCAUACUUGCACACCAUGACACAAGACAUUGAAGUUAAUAAAGCUGACGAUGAAGAAUUAGUUGUUAAGGCUACCGCAGGACGUCCUACCUUGAAACAGUGACUACCAGAGAAUAUUGAGCUUACGAAUGCAUUGGCUAAACUAAAAUAUGAAAUUGAUUUAGCUGCCUCUACUUUAAAUACGGGAAGAGAUUAGUCAUAUAGUUUUGAAUUGAAUAUUGUUGAACAAUAUUAAACAGUUUUAUACUUGGUACUUAAGUGGUUUAACAAAGCAUUUAUUACAACAUUGUAUUAUGUGUAAUUAAGUAUCAAAUAUAAAAUUUUAAUAUAAAAAUGCUUUGUAAUUUAUUGUAUUUUCCUUUUUUUAAUUAAUUCAUACAAAACCUGUUGAAAUAUAAAAUAAAAGUAAUUCUAUGUUACUGUGUAUUAAAAAGUU